AUGCGAGAAGUUUAAAAUUAGGCAUACAUUUCCUCACCCGCAAAAAUAUAAACCGUUAAGCUGUCUCCAAGCGUGAGGGUCGGAAGCAGGUUCGGUGCACAGCCAUCCUCUUCAUAUUAGAGAGAGAAGGUUUUAGAGAAAACAGAGAGAGAACUGAGAGAAAGCGAGAGAAAAUCUUUUGAACACCAAACAAAAAUUCUCGCUCUCUCAAUCUCUCUGUUCUUGCACAGAGAGAUCAAAACACAAAAAAAGGACAAAAAUUUAAAAUAGAAAAAAAAAAAAAAAACAAAGAAGAGAAACCCAUCUCGGUUUUCUGUUUGAAUCCGUUUUCCCAGUUUCUGAAGAGAGCUUCAUUGCAAGAUAAAGGAAUUAUAUGGGUUGCUCUUGGGUUCUUUUUGGAUUCUGGGUUUGAUGUUAUGUGGGCAAAGAUUGAGUUUUGAGAAUUGGGUCUGGUUUUUUCUGCGUUGGUUUUGAAUUCAACAGCUAGUUUUGCUGGGAAUGUCGACGGAACAGGCUUUGCAGCUCUCUGCGGAAUCAAUUGUAGAGGAUGUGCUUCAACAGCAGGCGAAGAGCAAUGUUGAUUUUUAUUCCAUGGUUAAUUCAAGAAAAGCCGAGGAAGCUUCCUUGAGAAGGAAUGAAGCUGCUGGGUGGCUGAGAAAGACAGUUGGAGUUGUUGCUGGUAAAGAUUUACCAGCAGAGCCUUCUGAAGAAGAUUUCAGGCUUGGAUUACGCAGUGGAAUAAUCCUUUGCAAUGUCCUUAACAAGAUUCAACCUGGAUCAGUUCCCAAGGUGGUUGAAAGGACGAGUGAUUCUGUUCUUAUUCCUGAUGGGAAUGCUCUAUCUGCAUUCCAGUACUUUGAGAAUGUUAGGAACUUCCUUGUAGCAGUAGGAGAAAUGGGCAUUCCAACUUUUGAUGUCUCGGAUUUGGAAAAGGGAGGUAAAUCUUCGAGGAUUGUGAACUGUGUUCUAGCAUUGAAGUCUUACAGUGAGUGGAAACAAGGUGGAGGAAAUGGAUCAUGGAAAUAUGCUGCAAAUGCAAAACCACCAAGCUCAGGGCCAGGGUCAGCAGGGAAGCACUUUCUUCGAAGAAAUUCAGAACCAUUCAUGAAUUCCGCUAUGAGGUCCUUAUCCGAGAAGUCAGUAGACAGCUUGUUCAGUGAGCAGUCUGACACCUGUGAAGCAGAUCCCAGCACUAAUCCCUUAUAUUCACUAGUUCGUGCAGCAAUUUUGGAUAAGAAGCAAGAAGAAAUUCCAAUGAUUGUGGAAUCUAUGUUAGGGAAAAUCAUGGAGGAGUUUGAGCAUCGAUUAGCAAGCCAAAAUGAACUGAUUAAAACAAUCCAAAAGGAUGCAGAAGAAUCUAGCGCCUACAGUUUGCUUUCAAGAACUAUUUCUUUUGAUUCCAAGGGUGAAGAGGAAGCCCCAGCAAUGAAGGUUGAAGUGGAAACUCCAAUAGAGGUUGAAGUAGAAGGUUCAACUGUGAAGGCUAUUGGAGCUGAAACUCCAAAAGAUAAACAGAGCGAAAAUGAAUCUUCAACACAAAUAGGAAAAGAGAAAUGUGACAAUCAGAUGUUGGUUGAACAACGACGAGAUGAGGAAAAAGAAGCCAAUUUUUUGAAAUUGAGAGAGAAAAUGUUGAUUGAACAACAACGACGAGGUGAGGCAUCAGAAGCUCAUUUUUUGAAAUUGAAACAGCAAAUGUUUAUUGAACAACAACGACGAGGUGAGGCAUCAGAAGCUCAUUUUUUGAAAUUGAAACAGCAAAUGUUGAUUGAACAAGAACGACAGGAGGAGGAAUCAAAAACUCAUUUAUUGAAACAGAAAAUGUUGGUCUAUAAACAACACCAAGAUGUUCAGAAAUUGAAACACACUCUUCAUGGUACAAAAGAGGUUAUGCAACUCCUGCAAGUGAAAUGCUUGGAGGAAUUGAACAAUCUAGGUAAGCAUUUGCUUUCACUAGCCCAUGCUGCUUCAGGAUACCAACGAGUUCUUGAGGAAAAUCGCAAGUUAUACAAUCAACUUCAGGACCUGAAAGGAAAUAUUCGAGUGUACUGUCGAGUAAGACCAUUUUUAGGAGGGCAAUCAACUCGUCUAGCUAGUGUUGUGGAUAAUAUAGAUGAAGGAAGCAUUUCUAUCAUAACCCCUUCCAAAUAUGGAAAAGAUGGACGAAAAUCAUUUACUUUCAACAAAGUUUUUCGUCCUUCAGCAACCCAAGCUGAGGUGUUCUCAGAUACUCAACCUUUGAUUCGUUCCGUUCUUGAUGGUUACAAUGUCUGUAUAUUCGCUUAUGGCCAAACAGGAACAGGAAAAACUUACACUAUGACUGGACCCAAUGAGCUUACGGAGGAAGGCCUAGGAGUAAACUACAGGGCACUGAGUGAUCUAUUUCUUCUCUCAAAGCAGAGGAAAGACACCAUUUGCUAUGAAAUUGCUGUGCAGAUGCUUGAGAUUUACAACGAGCAAGUCAGGGAUCUCCUUGUGACUGAUGGUGGUCUUAAUAAGAGAUAUCCUAUUGAACAGCCAAAAAUUCGAAACAGCUCCAGUAAUGGGAUCAAUGUACCAGAUGCAAACCUUGUACCGGUAUCUUCAACAUCUGAUGUUAUAAAUUUGAUGAACCUGGGGCAUAAAAAUCGUGCAGUCGGUGCUACAGCCAUGAAUGAUCGAAGCAGUCGAUCUCAUAGCUGCUUGACUGUUCAUGUUCAAGGGAGAGACCUGACAUCUGGGACCAUUAUUCAUGGCUCUAUGCAUCUGGUUGACCUGGCAGGGAGUGAGAGGGUAGACAAAUCAGAGGUGACAGGAGAUAGGUUGAAGGAGGCAGUACACAUCAACAAAUCUCUUUCAGCUUUAGGAGAUGUCAUUGCCUCUCUUGCUCAGAAAAGUCCACAUGUUCCCUACAGAAACAGUAAACUCACUCAAUUGCUCCAAGACUCACUUGGAGGACAAGCCAAAACACUCAUGUUUGUUCACAUUAGUCCUGAGCCUGAGGCUCUGGCAGAAACACUUAGCACCCUAAAAUUUGCUGAACGGGUUGCUACUGUUGAGCUAGGUGCUGCUAAAGUAAACAAAGAUAUUGGAGAAGUGAAAGAGCUAAAAGAACAGAUAGCUAGCCUUAAAGCAGCCUUAGCAAGGAAGGAGGCAGAAGUUGAUCAAUCCAACUACUCUCAAACCAGCAGCCCAGAAAGACUAAGAACAAAGCUUGACACAUCUCCCUUACAUCCUAAAUACCAGAGUACAGGUGAUAUUCCCAGCAGUCGAAGGCAAUCAUUGGACAAUACGACUACCACAGAGAAUGAUUCAUCAUCCACUUCAAGAAGACACAGUCUUGAUCUCCAAGAAUUUUCAACUCAUUCGUCUCCAUGGCCUCAUGUAGAUAGUCCUGCUUUGAGUAUAAAGGAUGAUGAUAAUGAAUCAGUUUCCAGUGAUUCGGUUGAGAAGGUCAUGGUGAACAAGAUUGAAAACUUAAAGUUUGGAAGUUUAGAACCUCAGAAGUUUUUUAAGAGUUGUAUCCCUGUUCCUACAAAGAUAUUCCCCGAACAAAACUUAAAUAAAUUGAUUGCAAACAGAAGGGACAGCCAGGAUUGUGAUGUACAGCGAAUUCGGUAUGAAGCUGCCUCCACUGAUGACUCUGACCUUGAUGCUGCAACUAGUGAAAGUUCAGAGACAGACUCACUUUGUCAAUCCAAUAUUCCAAAAGUUACCAACAUUCUGAACGGGCUAGGCCCUAAAGCAAAGAAACCUCAACCGAAGGCAACGAAGAGCAAUGAAACUAGGAGUUCAAUUCCAUCCUUAAUUCCUUCAAUAAUGCAAGCACGUAAAGGUCCCAAUGCUGUUAAUUCAAACUUGCAAAAGCCGGGGAGACAGCAAGUUGCUGUAGAUGGAAAGCGAAAACUUGGACAUGCAAAGUAAGCAUAUACCAUACAAACUGUCUUAUGGGAACUCUCCUUGCCACUCUUUUUUUUCCUUUUAAACUUUUUACCCCCUUUUAUUUGUAUCUAUCAUCUAGUUGUAGAAAAAGAGAGGAAGAGGUUCAUAUAUAUCAAUCAAUUAGUGGCAACCAA